UUGUCAACUGUCAGAAAGUCACAUGACCACUCAAGUAAUUGAUCAGUAUUUUGCCAUUAACCUCCGUACCUUUAACAAGUUUAUAUAAAUUUAUUGCAGUAUGUGAGUAUUUAGUGUGAUUUUAAAUCGGCAUUUUCGACGGUACAUUGAAUAGUACCUAUGACAAAUAGAUGAUGGAUUUAAUCAGUGUUUUACUCUGCUUUGUUUACUUCGUAACUGAAGGAUAUGGUUUAACCUUAAUAGCGAAAGUUGCUUUAAAUGGAGUCACUGGUACCGUGACAUUCACACAAAAUGGGGGAGACACCACGGUGAACUUUAAUGCAGCUGGCUUAGCCAAUACAAACACGUGGAACAUCCGAAGUAAUCGAAUGGUGUAUGAUCGACAGGUCAGGUGUUCCGAUGCAGUUCUUGGAAUGAAUUAUAUCGAGUCAACUGGUACCGUUUCAAGUAGUGGAACAGCAACAGAAACAAUAACAACAGCAGUUCUACCCAACUUGAAUUCUCUAACAGGUAGAGCACUGCUGCUGAAUGAUUCGACAACAGGUGAUCGAGUGUGUAGCACUAUAGAAGCUGACGAAGAUCACAUAACAGGAGUAGCCAAACUUCAAUCUGUAGUAGGAGGAACAAUUUAUUUCAGACAAGUAUCAUCAUCGUCAUCAGCAGCAACUUCUAUAUAUGCAAAUGCAUUUCAUUUAAAAUACACAGCCACAAAUUCAAAUGAAACAGUUGCAUGGGGUAUAUAUUCUGGUACUUGUUCUAGUAAAGGUGCUUUAUAUAAUCCAACAAGUAGUUCCAGUUCACCAUGUGAUCAAGACAAUCAAGGAAAUUGUCCUAUAGGAGAUCUGUCUUCUAAAAAUUCUUACUUACCCGUUGGGGAAAAUAGUGAAGAAAUUUUGACUUCAUUUGUUGAUAUUAACCUCCCAUUGAGCGGAAGUAACUCUGUCAUUGGCAAAAUCUUAGUUUUGAAAUCUAAAAGUGGAGAUGUUCUAGUGUGUUCAAAAAUUGUUCAGUAUACAACAAGAAAUGCUGUGGCAACUAUAAGUAGGGACGGAGUAGUCGGAACGAUAUCAUUCCAACAAAGAUCACCAUUUGAUUCUACAACGACCUUUGUUGACCUUUCCGGACUUGGUAAUAAAGCUGGUGGAUAUCAUGUUCAUAAAUGGCCAGUUCCAGAAAAGUGGGCAACCGAACAGAAAGUAUGUGACGCUGAUUCUGUGAGUGGACAUUUUAAUCCUUUUGGAAUUGAUACUUCUUCAGACCCUGCAGCAACUGUGGGUACGGACGAUCAGUACGAACUUGGAGAUCUCAGCAGUAAAUACGGUUCGUUAAGUGGGUUAACAAAUAAGAUGGAGAAUUACACUGACUAUAAUUUACCUUUAUUUGGUACGAAUAGCGUAAUAGGACGAUCUAUAGUUGUUCAUUACGGCAAUGGUAAUAGAUGGGUUUGUGCUACUAUUGAAUAUGUUGGUACUACAGUCACAGGAUUAACAACGUUUACAUAUCCUGUCAUUGGAUACAUCGCUUUUAAACAACCAACAGAUAUUGACAUAGAGCUGGCCGACACUAUGAUUUACGUGUGUGUAGACUAUGGGAAUAAUUCGAGUAGAUCUAUUGACCACAAAUGGCACGUUCACGUGGGAAAAGUCGGUACCGAUGCUUUGAUCAGUAGUGGUCGUUGCAGUUCGGUUCAAGGGCAUUAUAAUCCCUAUUCGGUUGAUCUAGCAGGAAAUUAUAAUCCAGAAUGUAACCCUAAUAAUCCUUUACGAUGUGAGGUUGGCGAUAUGUCAGGCAAACACGGAAAAAUAUCAGUACGGUCUACAUCAGGAUCUAUUCAAAGAAUUUUUUUCACAGAUUAUGACUUACCACUUACAGGGGACCUAAAGAUUUUAGGUCGGUCUGUUGUAAUACAUGCAGCAGAUUCAGGAGGAGGAAGGUUAUCAUGUGCUGAUAUUCAUACAAUCCCAAACCGUAAAGUCAUUGUUAAAACUGGCACAUGGGCCUCAGAAUCUUCUGGGUCUGUAGAUGGAUCAUUUAUGAUGACACGAAAUACAGAAGGACUUAUUGAUGGUACAACAGAUGUCAACAUACAGUUAACAGGACUAGCUUCAAUGGCAGGAGGAUACCAUGUCCAUGUUAAUCCUGUUCCAAAAGAAAGUUCGAGUCCAUGUUCUGCAUCUUCUGUUGGGGGACAUUUCAAUCCUUUUGGUGUUAAUGCUACAGCAGGAGCGAUCGAUGGAUCUAGUUCAGAUGACGAAUAUGAAAUAGGAGAUUUGAGUACAAAAUACGGCACUUUCCUCAACAACAAACUUACCUACAUAAGGAUGGAAUCAGAAACCAUGCUUCCUGUACGUGGACCUUUAAGCAUCACAGGAAGAUCUAUAGUUAUUCACAAAUCAUCAACAGGUGCUCCGAGAUGGGUAUGUGGUAAUAUAACAGAAGAUACUGCCAGUACUGGAGGAGAAAUGUUUGAGGCAAAAGCUACAUUUUCCACUGGAUCAAUAACUGGAUAUAUUUAUAUGACACAAUACCGAUACAGUGACGGCGGUCUAAGUGAUACCGGUGUAUUGGUAGACUUGGUAAACACUGACAGAUCAAAGACAAAUGGACAUAAAUGGCAUGUUCAUCAAAAACCUGUAAAGAGUGAUGCUACUUCCGGUUGUUCUAGUCCAGGUGGUCAUUACAACCCGUUUAUGGUUGAUGUUAAUAAUGGCUAUGACGAAUGUUCACCUCUUAAUCACUUACGGUGUGAAUUGGGAGAUCAGUCCAGUAAAUUGGGUCGUUAUGACAUUGGAAGUGGCAGAAAGUUCUAUACAGAUAUGUAUUUACCACUGGUUGGAACAUAUGGUGUUGCUGGAAAAUCCUUUGUGAUACAUGCUGCGAAUGGUGGAGGACCACGUGUAGCGUGUGCUGAUAUUAUCCCAGUUAAUAAAGUAACGCCUCUUAAAAUGACGUUCGGUGAUAUGAACUUUGAUAAAUCAGAAAUGGUAACUCAUUUAGCCAGUGCAUUGCACACGUCACCUACUAAUCUAGCAGUAUCAGACGCUACGACUAAUACAGAUUGUAUGGCUGUAUCAGUGUAUUUUACUGGUCCGAAUGCAUCAUCAAUUAGAGGAGAAUUAAAUAAUAUGAUGAAAAAAGGGGAUCAAAAACUUGGUGCUUAUAGAGAGUCAGUUAUAUGUUGUUCUUGCACACCGGUUAUAUCCAUACUAUGUCUGACGAUUGGAUUAAUAAUUCAGAGAUUAGUUCGGUGAUGACGGUGUUUAUUUGUUAGUGCUAUAUUUGAUAUUGUUUGUGUUAUUUAAAUUUGUCUCUGAUUGUUUUAAAAUAUUGUAUAGGAUAUAUUUGAACAUCAUAUACCUGUAUCAUCUAAUGAAACAGACUGUUAUAAA